UAUUAUCCUCUUUGAUUCUUGAAAAUUUCAGUCUUCCACUCGUUCGCCGUGCUCAUUCCCAAUACUAAUUAAUAGAGUACCCCUUAUCGCUCUCCCUCCGUCCAGGAAAAACGUAAGGCCAGCUCUUUUUCAAUCACUAGCAGCCUUCCCUCUCUGUGGUCUAAGCUCCGCAUUAUCCAUCAUGCCUCUAGCAAUAUUACACAGCAGCAGAGAUAGCAACAAUGCCCAAAACACAUGAGCGAGCUGCAGCAGACGCUCGAGACCAGCUUGAACUCCUGAAAGCAGUAGCCCAAGCCUGGCACUCUCAGACCGGAAACCCGAAGCCCACCAAUGAGGAUGCUGAGGCCCAGAAGAUUAACCGCCUGGGGUUCAAACCUCGGCCCAGUAGGUUCAAGGUAGAGGCAUCAAUGAGUAUGGCCUCAAGAAGAGGUCAGCCGGCUUCUUCUAAUUCAUCAGGCGCCUCCUGGAACUUCUCUGGAUCUCUACUGGAUUCUUAUGAGAUUGUUACUCUGGCUAAGAAACUUGAGGCCAGUCUGGCUCUGGACCACCCUAUGUCGAGCUCCGCACGGAACGGGAAGAGGAGCAGAGCAGAGAGUAAGAAUAGCUUGAGGAAUUUGUUCUACAGGGCCUCUUCCAAGAGAUUCACAGCUGCUGCUGCUGCUGCCGCCGCCGCUGCCGUUUCAAGAGACCAGGAGGGGGAUUAAUUAUAUAUACUUUUUGAAUUUACUCUAAUUUUCUUCUCCGGUACAACUUGCUGUUGUGGAAGCAACAGUAUAGGAACCCAACGAGAGUAUAUAUUGAGUACAGAUACUCCUCCGAGUUCUUUUAA